CAAAAAUAUGAUUUAUUUUUAAAUUUGUCCGUUUUAAAUAAAAAUUAGGUUUUCGGAUAGAUCUCGUAAAAUGGUGACCAACGGUAUAUACUUGGUUAAAUUUGGGCAUAUGUGUAAAGCGUGGUGAGUAAAAUAUACAUUACAGUUCAAUAAUUAAAUAUAAAGAUUUUUAAUUAUAAAAUAAUAAAAUAUUAAACAAAUCCUACAGCUACCCGUUUCCAAAGUCAAAAAGAAACUACCCAUCCCAAAACCCAUGUACUGUACAUACAUAUAUAUACACGCCAUUUACAGAACAACGUGUUCUGUUCUUCCGCCGAGCGAGCACGGAUCCACAGCCAUCUCCUUCUUCGUCUUUAUUCUUUCCCCUGUGCACGAUGAGACCCGUGAGAGAGAGGGGAAACGAGGGCAGAAGAAGCAUCGCCGCCGUUUGCCGGAGGAGCUGACUGCCGCCACGAGCCGGAGGCCGCAGGGUAGCCGCUGCUCUGCUGCCGAGUUGGCCGACAUCUUCUUUGAGAAUUUGAUUUGUUUAAUUCGUCAAUUAAUCGAGCAAGGGCGGAGAGGUGGAUAGAUGCUAGCUGGAGGAGUUUAUUAUUUAACACUUAAGUUUGAAUUAUUUAUGUUUAAAGGACAAGAACCCAAAGUUGUAUUUUGAUUUAACUAUUAAAGGCUUCCGCACCGUUUUGUUAACUCCGAUGGAUGUUUAAAUAUUGUUUUGAAUUAAAUGUUUUUAAUUGUU